GAUAAAGAGCUAAACAACGAACAAACUAAAAUUGUAUCUAUCUACUAAGUUGAACAACUUCCAAAUGAUAAGAUUGAAUAAAAAUAAUUAAUGUAAAAUAAAAACAAAAUAAUAAUAAAAAAAUCAAGUCAAAAACCUGUUAAUUACCAUAAAGAGACAGACACCUGACUCUUAUCACAAUAUAUUCUGACCAAUACAAAUUUUCUUAAAGAAAAAUAAAAAAAAAAUUAAAUAUUAUUUAAAAUACUAGAAACUGAACUAGAAAAUCCAGAUUUAUUUUUGUAUUAAUUAAAUUUGUUUUUUUAUUAAAUUCUACAACAUGAGAUACAUGUGGACAAAACUUCAACCACAUUUGAGAAAAGCAGUUGAGACCAACAGGUCGUCAUUGUUUUUUAAAGAUCGUAGUUGUUAUUUAGUUAAAAACAAUACUAGUUAUUUAAAUAUGAGCACUAAUACUGUACUUUCUACUCCCGCUGCGAUUGCUGCUUCCGACGAAAAGCCAAUACUAUACUCGUAUUGGCGCAGUUCCUGUUCUUGGCGUGUGCGCAUUGCUUUGAAUUUGAAAGAAAUUCCUUAUGAUAUUAAACCCAUCAGUUUGAUUAAAUCGGGCGGUGAACAGCAUUGCAAUGAAUAUCGUGAGGUUAAUCCCAUGGAACAAGUACCAGCUUUGCAAAUUGAUGGCCACACCUUAAUUGAAUCUUUGGCUAUUAUGCAUUAUUUGGAGGAGACACGCCCACAGCGUCCACUUUUGCCUCAAGAUGUUCACAAACGUGCCAAAGUUCGUGAGAUUUGUGAAAUUAUUUGCUCGGGCAUUCAACCUUUACAGAAUCUCAUUGUUUUGAUUCAUGUCGGCGAGGAGAAGAAAAAAGAAUGGGCUCAACAUUGGAUUACCCGAGGUUUUAGGGCUGUCGAAAAGGUUCUAUCGACCUCAGCUGGCAAGUACUGUGUUGGUGAUGAAAUUUCCAUGGCUGAUUGUUGUUUGGUUCCUCAAGUUUUUAAUGCACGCAGAUUCCAUGUUGAUUUACGUCCAUAUCCCAUCAUAUUGCGUAUUGAUCGUGAAUUGGAGAGUAAUCCAGCUUUUCGUGCAGCUCAUCCCUCCAACCAACCGGACUGUCCACCAGAGUUGCCAAAUAAAUAGAAUUUUCCGCAACCAACUGCAAAACGAAGAAAAACGAAAAAAUAAAAUGUUUGCAGUUUUGAGAAUUUGAAAAAAAACAAAACAAUAUAAAAAAUAUUCCAGCAAAAGAAAAAAAAACACAAAAAAGAAAGUAUUUUGUAAAACUCCCUCUAAAAAUAUACUUUUCUUAAAAAUUUAUAAUUUAAAAAAAAAACAUAAUAAAUUAUAAUAAUAAAAAAAUAAAACAGCACAUGAUGUGAUGAUUGCAGUUGCAAACCGCAUAUUAGGACGUUUGAUAAACGUAAAUUGAUAAUUUAAUAAAAAAAAAUUAAAUUAAUGUUUGGCUCUAAUGUGACAUUAAAAUUAAAUUCAAAAUAAAAUUGUAAACAAAUAAAAAAUAAUAAAAAAGAUUUUCUUGGAAAAUUUAGAAUUACAAAUUGAAAUUUAUAUUUAGGUUUUAAAUAAUAUUUUGAAAUUUCUUUAUUUAACAAAAAAAAAAAUAAAAAAAUAAAUACUUACUAUUAAAAAAACUCUUUGUACGAAAAGCAAAAUUACAUUCAGGGAUUUUUUCUAAAUAAAAAAUAAAAUAUUUUUAAAAAUAAACAAAAAAAAAUACAAUUUUACUAAAAAAAGAGUUAUUAAAAAACUUUUUUUCAAAUUACUUAAAACAAAAACAUUAUUAAACAAAUAUUUUCCAUAAAGUAGCUGAAAAGAAAAACAAAAAAAUAAACAAAUAAAGUAAAUAUGAAAAUACAAUUACUAUCAAAGGUACAAAUAAUUUCACUAUAAAAGAAAAGAAAACAAAACUUAAUAUUAAAACAAAAUAUAUAAAAAAAUAUAUAUAAAAAAACUAAUGAGGGCCACAAACUUUCCCCUAAUAAUAACAACUUUUUCUUAAAAUUUAACAACAACUAUUCAAAGUAGUAAGCAAAUAUAUUUAAAUAUCAAAUCAACAUAAAAAUUCAUAUAAAUUUUAAUUCCAAAAAACCACACUUAUUAGAAAUCUUUUUAACAAAAAUAGUUUCAACUUGAAUAUUAAAAUAUAUUAAAAUCUGAAAUCUUGAGAAAUUUAAUCUAAUUUUAAUUAUA